ACUCGUCUGAAUCGUCACGAUCUCCAAAGCUUUAGUUGUAACUUCCUCGGAACCUUGCGCCUCCUCCAGUGAUGUACCAUCCUUCAUCAGAGAAGGAGGUAGAUCCGGCGGAUCCGCCGUACUCAUGCUUCGAUCGAGAGAAAAAAAACCAAAAUCGCCAAUCGCCUUUUUUGUCGCCAGUCAAAACGGAGCGUUUUUUGGUAACUAUUUAAUUUCAAUAUCAUGUUUCUCCUUAGAAAUCAAGGACACAGAAGUACUUCCUAUAGAACAGAUCCUGUUCAAGUAAGGUCGUAAACAUUGUCUUAGAUUUUUGUUAUAUUUCAAUGAAGCAACAUCAUGAGGUGCUAUAUCAAUUGUACUUUCACGAUUCUUCUCUCUUUUUUACUCAUGCCCAUUCUUGAUUCAAAAUUUCACACUCUCCCGAGCUGGUGUCAAACCAACUGUGGGAAUAUAAAUAUUUCAUACCCCUUUGGAAUCCAAGAAGGUUGCUAUCUCAAUGAAUGGUACAAAAUCACAUGCAGAAACGCUACUUCUCCGUUCCUCUUCAAGAUGGACAAGGAAGUUGUCGGGAUCUCUUCGCCAAACGAAGGCUCUGUUUCUUUUGAAUCUCUCUCAACCGGGUCAUUCGGAUCAAUUCGUGUCAAAAACCCGAUAACAUCCGUUGGAUGUUCUAGAGAUGGAAAAGAGUCUGAUUCGGCUUUGAAUUUGACGGGCAGCCCUUUUUUCUUUGGGAGAGGAAACACCCUUGUAGCAUUUGGUUGCAACAGCAAGGCGUCUUUGACUAACAUCGAGCCGAGCAUGGUGGGAUGCGAGCUGAACUGUACUGCAAGCAAAGUUACGCUACCUAGAAAAACCGUCCCUUUUUUGGACAAAACCGGGUGUUCUAACGAUGGCUUUAUAUAUACUACUAGCCCUCCAUACUGUGAAAAUAACCAAGGGGAAGGGGAAGGUGAAGGAAGCUGUGAUGGUAACGGAUGUUGCAGUGCUAAUCUAUCGUAUAAAGAGGUUUACCAGGUGGUAGGUGUCAGAAUAGAGAGCUUUGAUCAUAGAAACUUGACAAGCGUGAAAUGCAGAGUCGCUUUCUUAACAGAUGAAGGCUACACCAUAUCCGAACCACAAAGCUUUUUCGCUCAAGGGUAUGCUACGAUUACGAUAGAAUGGGUCAUUCAGACGAAUACUCUUUCCUUCUUGAACUCGUUAAGCUGCAUUAACACAAAAGAGUACGGCGAUCUUUCAUCUAAUACUCGACACAAAACAAGUUGCUUAUGCGAAAAUUUCACCAUUUCUGGGACAAGUUAUGCAAACUGUCAAUGCAGCCCAGGUUAUACAGGCAACCCAUACCUCUUUAACGAUUGCAAAGAUUUUGAUGAGUGCCAACCUGAUUCUACUGGAAGACGCGGGGUCUGUAGAGAAAGCGACACUUGUGUGAACGUGGUUGGACAUUAUAAAUGCAUACGCGAUAAGACUGUACCAAUAUUAGUAGGCUUAGGUGCAGGUUUUGGUAUUUUGGUUCUUGUUGGUGGUGUCUGGUUGCUGAUAAAGUAUCUUAAGAAGAGAAAGGUGACUCAGAGGAAAAAGAAAUUCUUCAAACGUAACGGAGGACUAUUGCUGCAACAACAACUCAAUACAAGAGAAGGUAACAUCGAGAAGACAAGAAUAUUUAGCUCAAGAGAACUUGAAAAAGCCACUGAAAACUUCAGCGAAAGCAGAAUACUUGGACAAGGUGGUCAAGGCACUGUGUACAAAGGAAUGCUGGUAGAUGGUCGAACAGUUGCGGUAAAAAAAUCCAAAGUUGUGGAUGAAGACAAACUAGAAGAGUUCAUCAACGAAAUCGUCAUUCUCUCUCAAGUCAACCAUAGACAUGUCGUCAAGCUCUUGGGAUGUUGUCUUGAAACAGAAGUUCCUGUUCUGGUUUACGAGUUUAUCCCCAACGGUAACCUUUUCCAGCACAUCCAUGAAGAAUCUGAUGACUACACAAUGAUAUGGGGAGUGCGCUUGCGCAUAGCAGUUGAUAUCGCAGGAGCUAUUUCGUAUCUCCACUCUUCUGCUUGUUCUCCUGUUUACCACAGAGAUGUCAAGUCAACAAACAUAAUGCUAGACGAGAAGUAUCGAGCCAAGGUAUCUGACUUCGGUACUUCAAGAUCAGUCACCGUAGAUCAUACUCACUGGACAACAGUCAUUUCAAGCACUGUCGGAUACGUGGAUCCAGAGUACUACGGUUCCAGCCAGUAUACCGAUAAGAGUGAUGUAUAUAGUUUUGGAGUCAUCCUCGUUGAGCUUAUAACAGGAGAGAAGCCUGUAAUAACUCUUCCGGAUUCUCAAGAAAUAAGAGGCUUAGCGGAUUAUUUCAGAGCUGCCAUGAAAGAAAACAGAUUCUUCGAUAUCAUGGAUGCACGAAUAAGAGAUGCAUGCAAACCAGAACAAGUAAUGGCAGUGGCAAAUCUAGCAAGGAGAUGUUUGAAUUCCAAGGGAAAGAAGCGGCCAUAUAUGACGGAAGUGUUUACCGAGUUAGAGAGGAUAUCUUCAUCUCCGGAGAAUGCAUUGGUAGAGGUUGAAAAUGAAGACGGUGAUGAUGCAGAGGAAGAAGGAAUGAAUAUGAUAGAGAUAGCUGAUUCAUGUACCGUUGGUGUUACCGCUCCAGCCUUCAGUACUGCCGCCUCGCCUUCCUCGGCAGAUGUUGAACCAUUGUUUCCUCGUACAACAUGGUGAAUUGUGACAAAGGGAAGGUAAAAUUCUAAAUAAAAUUCCUGCCAUAUUUAAAGAUUUGGUAUAAGGUGUAAUCUAGAUGUUGUGGUUGCGUUUGUCUUCUAAUUAUAGACCUGCUCCUAUGUAAUGUCCAGAAAACGUUUGUCUUCUUCGCUUUGUCACUCUCUCUUGCACGUCCAUCUAAUGGAUUUCCCUAUACACUU